AUGGCAGACUUUAGUGCUGAUAAACCCUGCUUCUAUUUCCAACGCGGAGAAUGCAAGUACGGAGACAGAUGCAGGCUCAGUCACCGGCCCAAUCCCACCUCGAGAGCGCCUUAUCGCCAGCCAUGCCCAUAUCUGAGGACGCCGAGAGGUUGCUCCAAAGGACAGCAUUGCAAAUUCUCGCAUGAAACUGUGGCCGACAAGAACGACGCCAGAACACAGGCGCCGCGGUCUACCGCUCGGUCAAGAUCACGGUCCGAAUGGGAAACAGGCUUCCGAGAGUGGACAUUCUUGAUACAGAGGCAGCAUACGCCAGCGCGGAUCGCGGACAUCGAAAGGUUCUUCAAGCUGGGUUGGAAUCUCGUGAGCAAAGAGCAUACGGAAACCGGGCAACAGAUCAUCAAGAAACUCGCGACCGAUGAGGGGCUGGCCAUGGUCAAAGCUCUCGUAGAUGAACAGGUUGCUGGUUUCGAGGUGGAAAGGACGAUGAUGCGUGUCUUUAAGGAGAGUACUCUUCCCUUCUUUCGAACAAUUACUUCUCCGAAUAUCUUGUCGUCCUUGAUUUUGGAGACACCACUCGAUACCAUUUGCGGGUUUCUGUUCGGCCCGAACGGUCGUCGUGCCAUCAAGCUGUUCAAGGCUACGACUUCCGCUCUUGUUGUCCUCGCCAGGAACGAAACAGCCGAACAAGAAGGCCUAACUUUGAUUGCGGUGGCGGCAAGCCUAGUAAUACUGGAAAGAAUAGUAGAGCUGAACCAAAGUGCCCAAGUCAUCACCGAGCUCACGUCGAUCGUGAACGAUCUUUCAACCUCUAUUCCAAAAACAGCUCUACAGGCAGGAGAUCGAAGCCUAGUCCGGAUUCGCCAACGGCUGGGUCUCGGAACUGCAAUGCCAAUGUCUGGAUCCCGCCUUGCAGAGCAUAAGAGCCAUCGAUCGGUCUUCAAUUUAGGGCAAGACCUGCCUGGCUCUUUGUCUAAGCUAGGUCCACGACACGACAACGACCACGCAGACAUCUUCGAAAUCAAGAUCCUGCCGACCACCGAAGAAAUCCAGUCCCACCGGCAGGAGUACCUACCUCUAAACGACUCAACGCAACUCCAUCUUCCUGGUCUAGCGGGCUUACUUGACCGACAAUUCAGACUUCUACGGGAAGACACAGUUGGUCAGCUCCGAGACGCCGUCCAGAUAGAAUAUAAACGACUUAGCAAGGGUCCUAGCGCCCCGCCGCCGCCUCAGCGACAGACAAAUGGAGUUCGAAAUAUCGUCUAUCACAAGGUCGUUCUGCUUCGAGUAGAGUUCGAUCGGAACAAAGGGCUCCAGGUUGUGGCCGAGUUUGAUCAGCCUGCCGUGCUGGCAAAGAAGGGAUCCAAGGAGCGAGAAGAUUGGUGGAUGAAUUCAAAACAUCUACAGAUCGAUGCUUUUGUAUGCCUAGUCUCUUCGACAGGUCGUGCUAUCUUCUUCUCUGUUUGCGAUCCAACCCCGAGACCUAGACCCGAGAGAAGAAAUAGCGAGGAAGAACAGAAAUCUCGCGUCGCUGAUCAUUCGCGAGCGUCGAACGAGCGGCCGAGUCUUUUCACGCAUGCGGACCGAGCCACCUUGAUGCUUAGCAUGGUCGAGGAUAAUUCCGAAGACAUCACUUGGAUUAACAGUCACCUCGGAAAGGCUCACACAGUACAGCAAUCUCUCGUCGAAUUUCCAGGCAUUCUUUUAGCUUCCUUUCGACCGACACUGCAAGCACUUCAGAAGAUGAGCCGCACCCUGGAUUUGCCUUUCUCUCAAUUUAUCGCCCCUGAUGAACAAUCCGCAGAAGAUGUCGAUGUACCUCCACCGACAUACUCUCGCAGGCCUGGCUUCACCUUUAAUCUGGAGACCCUGACAGGAGGAGAACCGCUCAGCCUUAUACCCGGACAGCCCUUUGACGAUAGAGUGCUACGUGAAAAAUCUACGCUCGAUAAGGCGCAGCAAAUGUCGACAAUAAAUUCUUUAAGAAGUUGCCUUGCCCUGGUCCAAGGCCCGCCGGGGACCGGCAAGAGCCACCUCGGUGUUACCCUCAUCAAGGCUUUGUUGAAAAAUCGUGAUGCGGCUGAGCUUGGGCCAAUAAUUUGUGUAUGCUACACAAAUCACGCUCUCGACCAACUCCUCGAGAAUCUGAUCAAGGACGGCGUAGAGCAGGUUAUCCGUUUGGGGUCGAGGUCUAAAUCCGAACUCGUCCAGAAGUUGAAUCUCCAUCAUGUAUCAAAAGAUGUGAUGCCCACAAAGUUCGAACGCUAUGAGAAAUACAAACUUUAUGAAGAAUUAGAUACCGUUCUCAAUGAGAUCGCGGAGCUCAUGACAUGCCUGAGGGAUCCAGCCCGUUGGAGCAAUGUCAAAGAUUAUCUCGAAGCCCAUCACGAGGACCACUUCAGUCGACUUUUCGGAAGGGGGGUCGACGAACAUGGAUUCCAGGAAAUACGCGGCAAGAAGUGGAAUGUUCUGCACAGCUGGCUCAAAGGAGCCCCCAAGCGUAUUACCUCAGCUCGUCCAAUUUCCGAGCUCGUCAAAGUCGAUCUAAUGGAGAUGUCCGGUAUCGAGCGAUCGGCUCUGCACAAAUAUUGGAUACAGCGAAGCACGAUGGAACUCAAUCAACGUUUGUUACACGUUCUCGAGUCGUACCGCCAUCUCAGAAGUUCGCUCCAAAAGUACCAUCAAGAGAUAGACCUACGCUGCCUACUUGGUGCGCACGUCAUCGGUGUCACAACAACUGGCCUGGCACGACAAUUAGAGGUCCUCCAUCGACUGCGAGCAAAAGUGGUGGUGGUCGAAGAGGCGGGCGAGGUAUUAGAAGCACACACCCUCACCGCACUCUUGCCUUCGGUCGAGCAUGCCAUUCUUAUUGGGGAUCACGAGCAGCUAAGGCCUCAAAUCAAUAACUACGACUUCCAGCACGACAGUGAUAAGGGUGCAAAAUUCUCUUUGGACAUCUCGCUUUUCGAACGACUUGUCCAUCCGCAACCUGGACAUCCCAAGCUUCCUCACAAUUCGCUGAAUGUUCAGCGUCGAAUGCAUCCAUCGAUCGCAGAGCUGGUCAAAUCUACGCUCUAUCCAAAGUUGCAAGACCAUCCCACUGUUUUUGACCAUCCCAAAGUCGACGGGAUGCGGAAACGUCUGUUCUGGCUCGAUCACAACCAUAUGGAAGAUGCGGCAUCCGCGAAUUCGGCAUAUUCACUUUCCAAGACGAAUGCUUGGGAAGUCGAAAUGGUCGCUGCUCUGGUCUCUCAUCUCGUUCGGCAAGGGACCUACAGGAAUGAAGAUAUUGCAGUCCUGACCCCUUAUCUAGGGCAGUUGCAGAAGCUUAAACAGCACCUAGGGUCCUCCUUUGCGAUUGUGGUUGAUGACCGCGAUCUAGAUAAAUUAGAGGCGGAGGGAGUUGAGGACGACAAUGUACAGGGGGGAGGCGUGGUGCAGGGUCUUGUCCGAAAGACGACUUUGCUGAAUGCUUUGAGGAUCGCUACUGUGGACAACUUCCAAGGAGAAGAAGCAAAGAUCGUCAUCAUUUCAUUGGUCCGGAGUAAUGCUGAAAGGAGAUGUGGAUUUCUCAAAACGUCGAACCGCAUCAACGUCUUGCUGAGUCGCGCCCGCCACGGAAUGUACAUCAUCGGCAACACACAGACCGCACGUCCUGUACCUAUGUGGAAUAAGGUAAUCACGAUGCUGGAGAAUGGUGGGAACGUAGGCCAGUCGCUUGCGCUAUGUUGCCCUCGACACAAGGAGACGCCGAUCGAGGUGUCGAAGCCUGACGACUUCUCUGUCUUCUCCCCCGAGGAGACCCGGAGCUGUCAGAAGUGCGCCGAUAAGUCGGUCAAGAAUAUGAUGGUUGACUAUAUCACUUGGUCCACCUACUCUGAGAUUGAUCUCGACAAGAACCCUUGCAUUAUACCCACCUGUGGUCAUAUCCUUACCCAAGAAAGCAUGGAUGCCCUUAUGGAGAUGCCAAAAUACUACACAUUCUCUGAGGCCCCGGGUGCUGAGAAUUCCAUCAUCGCGCUGAAGUCGAGCUCGGUUCCAUUCUCUACCUCGGAGCUGAAAAGUUGUCCUUUAUGUCGCCUUCCUCUCCGCAAUAUCAAUAGAUAUGGCCGCAUAGUUCGACGAGCAUGGAUUGACGAAGCGACCAAAAAAUUUAUUGUCUGGGCAAACUCUCGAUUUGUUCCCUUGGCCUCGAGCAUUGAGCAAGCGGAGGAAAAAUUCCGAGCGCCCGUCACGGAAAGGAAAACUCCCAAACAUACGUUGCGCGGACAGACACAGCUAUCUUCAGCGGUCGACGAGCGCUCCCUCGAAUCCAUUCGGCUGAUCGGGUCACGCGACGAACAGAUAAGGGUGGUCUUCAAGAUCUUCCACAACGAUGCUCGAUACAAGGAUAUCUUCCCACUUCGUAACGCCAUCCGAAAGUUUCUCCACGAGGUCGACGAACGAGAACAGCCCAUCAGCCGCAUCCACGACCUUGUUCGAGACGCCCGCAAACAUCACCCAGGAUCCACCGAAAUCGCCACCGACCUGCCCUCUGUACUUCAAGUCCGCAACCGGCUCCUGGCCACAAUCCUCCUCCUACGCUGCGACUAUGCCAUCCUCCUCGACUUCAUCACCCAAGGCGUCCCCAUGUUGGCGGCCUCGCCAAACAACCCACCAGGCCUGCAUCUCAACCUUGCCAGUAACCGCCAAGACUGCGAGCGCCUGAUCCAAGAGUCCCGCACCCGCCAACAACCCUCCCACGAAGUUGAAGGCCUCCUGUACUGGGCCCGCUUCGUCGCCUUAGAACGGCGGAGUAGUGGCAGUCCCUCCUCCAGCAGGGGCCCUCCGGCAGGAAACAAAACAACACCAACAGAUAUGACAGCUCUUGUCAACCUCGCUGCCGCCAAUCUUCACCGAGCCCGCACCAUCUGCACUACGCACUCUUCCCAAACCGCGGGAAUGCUGGCAGAGAUAGUCGACGUCGAGAAAAUGCUCCGCGACCCCACCUUCUACGCGCCCGUAACGAAUUCCGAAAAAGCCGCUGUCUACGCCGCCAUGGCCCAGAGCUUCAGCGGUACGGGCCACUGGUACUACUGCGCCAAUGGACACCCGUUUACGGUGGGCGAGUGCGGGAUGCCGGUGGAGACGUCGAGGUGUCCGCAGUGUGGGGCCCCCGUGGGGGGGAGAAAUCAUGUGGCUGUGGCGGGGGUAAGAAGGGCGGUUGAUCUGGAAGAGCAGUUUGGGAGGGGGAGAGGAAGGUAA